UCGAGGGACGGUGCGGAAGAAAAACCAGUUACAGAAGUUGUCUGUCUCUCUCUCACUAUAUGUCAGUUAAAUCAGAGAAAGUGCAUACACUACAUUGGUUAGAAAAGUUUAUCAAUGUUAAUUGAAGCUUUGAUCAGUUGAUGGUCAUUACUUGUAGGUUCCUCGCAAAUGCAAAUAUUGUUCGCUAUCCUGUUCUUAACCAAACAACGCACCAGAAGGAAAGCCAAUAGGACUAAUUCCAUCCCCACCCAGCCCCGGGGGAGGUUGUGUUGGAUUCGUCCACCUGCCACAGAGUCAGGAACUGAGUAAGACUGGGUGUGUCUCGCAGAAGUACCUAUCUAGCUGUGUCGCCAACUGUCAUUACAGUGCAAGAAAACCCCAGUGUUGGGCGGCAUCAUGGCUACACCUUCGCCAGAGCUCAUGCCCCUGUGGGCGGGUCUGGCGGUGAGCGGUUCCGUGCUGAUCGCCACCGUGGCGGCCGUGGUGACGUACUGCCACUCCCGACAGCAGACCCGCCGCGACCAGCGUCUCCGGGCCAGACUGAGCCGUGUCAACGAGCAACUCUCCAAACUGUACGGGCCCCUGUACGGCAACAGGCUGGCCAAUCACAAGGCGUACGCCCAGGCCUUGGGCACACAUUCCACCCUUGACUCGUACCUGAACGACGCUCUACAAACCUGGCAGAUGGACCGACAUACCGGCAGCAUGAUGCUGUCACGAUGGCGGACAUUCCUUUUCUACAUCAUGUACCCGUUAGACCUAAAGGCAGAGGAGAUCAUUCGCGACAACAUCCACCUGUGCGAGGGACAUUUUCCCCAGGGAUUCGCUGACUUCCUCUUCCACACCAACUAUCUGCGCAUCGUCCUGUCUCACUGGCAGCUCAGGAAAGACGGGACUCUGGACACAGAGCUGGAGUACGCUCAAGAGGACGACUUCUACCGCGAGAACAACGGUGGAUUCGCCUUCCAUUACCCUAUAUUCGACCAGCUGGACGUGUUCGUGAAGGACACAUAUGAGAGUCUGCUGCUGCAUCAGCAGGGUUUGCUGAAGGCCCUGAAGGAGGGCGACAGCGGUGAGGUUGGAACAGUUCUUGUCAGUCCUCGUGGCGCCGAACAAGCAACGGAAGUUACCGAAGUCUAUCCGAUCUAUGUCCCCGUUGGCCCUGCCAAGGGAGGCAAGGGAGCUACAAACGGCCAUGGCAGUGUUCGCAAGGACAUUGAAGACCGAGACGCUCUAACCAUGGAACCUGAUGACGUAAGUCUGUACCUACCCGCCAACAGUCUCCGCGGAAAUGGCAUGACCAGUGUCACGUCACGUGAAAGUGGCGACAGGGUGACUGAAGUCGAAGCUCCUGAACCAUACGAGGUACCGGAGGAGCCCAGCAGGAAGUCACCAGACAGGGAUGCAGUCAAGAAAGGGAAGAUGGAGGACAAGCUCCAGGAACUUCGACAGGAGCUACAGAGUGUGGUGUAUGUACCAAACCAGUGACGCCUUCUGGUGCCAUCGCAUAUGCUCGUAUGGACUAUAUGCACAUGAUAGCUCAAACGGGGUGUAUUCUCACUAUCUAGAAAGACCAACAGAAGGAGGACAAACAGAAAGCUAUAUUAAGUUAAGGGACAAUGUUACAAGGUCAUACGCACUAUACGUAAGGGACUAAGGAUGGAUGUGUAAAGCUCAUAAGAUAUCAUAAUUUGCGUUUUUGUAGGUACAUUUUGUGUGUGUACUGUUGAACCAAUUGUUAUACAGUGGAGACCUAACAUGCAAUAUAUUGCCAUAAAUGUGUAUGGACAUUUUUAAUGUUGCCUACAAUAGAGAAUCAAUAAUAGUUAAUUACUUUGUGGUAAAUGUAUCAUUGCACAGUAAAGCUGUUAUGAUGUUGAGGUGACCAAAGAACAAUGUGCCAAUAUCAUACUGUGUCUCAAAACAUGUUAAUGUGAAGACUUUUUCAUUGUUUAACUUGUUUUCAAAUUUAAGAAAACAGGUGCCUACUGUAAGAAAAGUAUUUUAACCCUGGUGGGUGGAAGACACAUAGAAUAGUGGUGCCCUUAGGUGGAAGACUACAAAGGAACUACUGUUAGAUCUAUGGCACAUGUAAAUCAUGUUCAGGAAUCAUACAAUGAAAGUCAUCAACUGUAGUGUGCAGUCUCUUCUGUUUGUAAUCAAAUGAACGAACAUGAUAUGAAGGCAAUAAGAAGUUUUAAUAACUGUACUCUCAAUAUUGGUGUUUCAAAAUAAAAGUCCAAUGGUUAUGGUGUCAUGAUUGAUUUUUUAAUACUAUUACUGUUUGUCCUAAUAAAUUAGUUGAAUCUGAGAGAAAAUUAUUUUGCAUAAGCUUUAACAGCUAUAGAGCAGUAGCCACAGCUAAGAUAUAUUUUUCAAUAAUUGACAAGAUAAAACAGUUUUGUUAUAAGAUUAACAGAUCUUGAUUUUGAUGGCCUUUGACAACUUUGCUCCUAGUUUCAUUAACAACUACUAUACUAUAUGCUGUUAUAAUUGAAAAAUACAUAACACAUUGCCUUAUGUGCCAUGAGUAAUAAUUUACAACAGUAUAUUGCAUGCACUGACUUUCCAUUACAAAAUAACCU